UUUUUUUAGAUUUAUAGUAUUGAUUAACUAGAAAUUUGUUUAAAUAAUUGUUGGGUUGCAGGGAUGGAUGGUGUGAUCUCGGUUUUCCACAGCGACCCCACAGAAUCAAGGCCUCACACGACAAGAUCGUGGGAUUUCAUUAGCUUACUCGAAGCUAAUUGGGAUGUAACACGAGCCAACAGCAGAGAACAGCUAUUGAAUCAAGCUGGUUAUGGCCAAAAUGUCGUUAUCGGGGUACUCGACUCUGGCAUAUGGCCGGAGUCGGAGAGUUUCAACGAUCUGGGGAUGGGACCUAUUCCGGCAACCUGGAAAGGAUUUUGCGAGCCUGGUGUUGAUUUUAAUUCUUCUCACUGUAAUAGGAAACUAAUAGGUGCCCGCUACUAUUUGAAGGGUUUCGAGGCCAAUUUCGGUCCGCUCGAUCCGACAAUCGACGUCCGAUCGGCAAGGGAAAUCGACGGCCACGGGACCCACACAGCGUCCACCGCCGGCGGCAGAAAUGUUCCGGGAGCCGCGUAUACACUUAACACCGCGGCCAUCGGCGGUUUCGGCGUAGGCAACGCGACCGGAGGUGCCCCACUGGCGCGGCUGGCCAUGUACAAAGUGUGCUGGAAUAUCCCGGCGGCGCAGGGAGGAGGGAGCACGUGCCUGGACGAUGACAUGCUGGCGGCAUUCGAUGACGCAAUCAACGACGGAGUUGACGUCAUCAGUGUAUCCAUAGGCGGGAAAACCGGGAAACCCUACGCAGAGUCCGGCAUUGCCGUUGGAGCGUUGCAUGCUGUGAGUAGGAAUAUUGUGGUGGUUUGCAGCGCUGGCAAUUCAGGACCCGACUCGUUUACCGUCACGAAUAUCUCCCCAUGGAUCAUCACUGUUGGAGCGAGUAGCAUCGAUCGGGUUUUUUCGUCGCCCGUUGUUCUUGGAAACGGCAUGGUGGUAGAGGUUCGUCUAUUUAUAUAUAUACAUAUACAUAUAUACAGAAAUGAAAUCAUUAAACAGGGACAAUCAAUUACUCCAUUCGUGAAGGGAACGUACCCGCUUGUUUAUGCAUCAGACGUAGAAAUCCCAGGCACCACCACAGAUGACACAUCUGGACUAUGCCUUGCUGGCACGCUUUCACCGGCGCUGACGGUAGGAAAGGCGGUGUUCUGCUGGAGUGGGGGCACUAGACAAGCAUUAGAAGUGCAAAGAGCAGGCGGCGUAGCGGUGGUGCUCGGAAACAACCACGACGGAGUAGGUGUCUCCAGCAGGCCUUUCUUGAUCCCGGGGACAGUUAUCCUUUCCGAUGGAAAAUUGAGUGUUUACGAGUACACCCAAACUGACCUAGCACCGACGGCAACUUUGACCCCGGCGAUCACUUUGAUAGGCGGCACCACCAGCACCCCAACUCCAUUUAUGGCCCCUUUUACCUCCCGAGGCCCCAAUGUUAUCGAACCCAAUAUUCUAAAGCCGGAUAUUACAGCACCGGGAUUUAAUAUAUUGGCGGCAUGGAGUGAAGUUUCUUCUCCUUUCGGUGUCCCAACCGAUAAUCGAGUUGCUAAGUUCAACAUUAUUUCCGGUACAUCAAUGUCGUGCCCACAUGUUGCCGGCGUGGCGGCGCUUCUCAAAGCCGUACACCCCGAUUGGAGCAGCGCCGCCAUCAGAUCUGCUCUCAUGACCACUGCAACCGCAAACAACAAUUUGGGGAAACUGAUAACAGAUGUAGAAGGGAAUUACGCAACGCCGUUGCAAUUCGGGGCAGGGCACAUCCAGCCGGCGAAAGCUGCAGAUCCAGGGCUAGUGUACGACGCUUCGUACGAAGAUUAUCUGCUCUUCCUCUGCAGCACCACCGGCAAUUUGUUGGAUCCGACUUUCGCCUGCCCCCUAAUUUUGCCCUCGCCGAGCAAUUUCAACUAUCCCUCGGUUACGAUUACUAAACUUACCGGAGUUGUGACGGUGCAGAGGACUCUUACGAACGUGGGCGUGGGGAACGCCACGUAUACCGUGACGGUUGCUACCCCGCCGGGUUUCUCGGUGACAAUAUCACCGGCGACGCUGUUUUUCAGCGCGACGGGGGAAAAGCAGAGCUUCAGUAUCACGGUUCAGGCUACGGAAAUUGCUCCGGUGGAUGCGUUUGGUUGGUUUUAUUGGUCCGAUGAGAUUCAUCAAGUUGUAAGCCCCAUUUUACUGUCGGUGUGAUCAAUGUUUCUCUCUCUACUCAUUCCCAUUUCUUCUGUUUGCCAUGUUUAUUAUGUGUGAAAAGCUUGUAUGUUUUUUUCUCAUCUUUGUUUUUGUUGCUAGGGGCGUGUUUGGUUAAGUUUGUUUAACGGAUACAGUUUCGAGAAUGUAAAGAGCAAACUCCCCCAAUUCUUGCAAAUUAAAUCAUAUA